CGUUGGAAUCGGGUCCCUCAUGGCAGCAUCACGCACCUCCAAUGGGGCCGCAGCUCGCCGCAGUUGGCCCCGCCAUAACCGCGCCGCGCUUCCGCACCACCCUUCCCUGCUGCACCCGGCCAAGGAGUAGGAGGCUCACCUCUUGGCGCCGCGCCGCGCUCCCCAAGGAUGAGGAUUAUUACUUGAUCGACGCGGAGGAGUCCAUUGGGGAUGGCUUCUCGUUCAGUGGAGGGAAGUACGGGGAGGGACCAAGUAAGUCAGACGAAUGGUUUGCUCAAGGGAAAAUGGUAAAUGCUUACCAAAUAUACGGGGACAAAGGGAAGGCAAAAGAUCCAUUCUUUGGCCUGACGAUGGGAUCAGAAUCUCAAUCUUCAGAUGACGUUUUCAGAUGGUUCUGUGUGGAGGCUGGGAGCUCUUCUAAUCCUAAAGUGCUUUUAAUUCACGGCUUGCCAUCGCAGGCAUACUCUUACCGCAAUGUGAUGCCUGUACUGUCAGACAAAUAUCAUGCCAUUGCUUUUGAUUGGCUCGGGUUUGGAUUUUCUGAUAAGCCUCAACCAAAAUAUGGUUUUGACUAUACUCUUGAUGAGUAUGCCUCAUCCUUGGAAUCUCUAGUCAAUGCUGUUGCUCCUGAUAAGCUCUCUAUUGUUGUUCAGGGCUACUUUGCUCCGGUUGCAGUCAAAUAUGCUAGUGAACAUCAAGACAAAUUGAAUCAUCUUGUACUAGUGAAUCCACCGAUAACUGAUAAACAUGUAAACCUUCCAUCCACCUUGGCUUCAUUCAGCAACUUCUUGUUGGGCGAGAUAUUUUCUCAGGUCAGCAGGCAUCAAUGUCAACUGAAUUUUCACCCUAUAGCUGUUUUGGUUUUGUGUUCAGAUGUAACUCCUUCACUUGAAUUCUUUCAGGAUCCUCUCAGAGCAAGUGAUAAGGUAUUGACUAGUUGUGGUCCAUACUUGAUGAAGGAAGAAGAUGCUAUGGUGUAUAGAAGGCCAUACCUUGUCUCUGGUUCCUCUGGGUUUGCACUUAAUGCAAUAAGCAAAGCUAUGAAAAAGGACCUUAAGGCUUACAUUGAAUCCAUGAGAAACAUUUUAAGAAGUAAUUCGUGGAAAACAAAGACAACAGUAUGCUGGGGCAUGAGAGAUCGUUGGCUGAGCUAUGAUGGGGUUGAAGAUUUUUUUGGAGGCCUAAACCAGAAGAUUGUAGAGCUGCCUAUGGCGGGGCACCAUGUGCAGGAGGACCGUGGUGAAGAAUUAGGCAAUAUGAUCAAAAGUAUACUGAGAUGACCGCAAAUUUUGUGGGGUCAGGCUCUAGAACAUGCCAAAAACAGAUGCUUUACGAGGUAUGACGCCCAUGCUGCAUUUUAUUUGAACAAAGCUCUGUUUGCUUUGUGUACACUUUUUAAAAUUUGAGACGGAUUUCAAUGAUGUUCUCUCUUAUCAAGUUUGUCACGAAAACACUACCCUAAAAGCAACGACGAACAUUUUCAGACAACAGCAGUACCGGUCUGUGUGUUCCAUGUUCCUGGAAUAGGAUCCAUGCAUGGUUUAUUGUUUGACCCCUGUUUCUGAAUGAUAUGAAAUCAUGAAUGCUGAAGGUCAGGAUAACCUUGAUUAAACUACAAUGGUGGUGAUAACAAGUAUUGUCUGGAUUGCGCACUUGCACGAACAUUGGGAGUAAUUAAUGUCAUUGCGUCUUUGGUCAUUCUUAGUUUUUAAGCUAUAUCUAGCAGGUUCAUGUUUGUGGCCGUGCAAGCAGCCAAUACUGGUCGUAAUAAAGCUCAAAGUGGUUACAGUUA